AUGAUACCUCUCGCUCUCCUGACUCUUCUCUCCUCCACCCUCAUCGACGCUUCCCCCGCAGCGGCACCUCUCUCGCACGCAUCCCACGCAGACGCACCCCUCUUCCCCCAGUCGCAGUACAAUUCGAACGCUCAUUCACAUUAUUAUGAUAAACGCUCCCCGGAUGGCCUGCACUUGGAGCUAACUCGCAGAGCGUCCCACUGGAACUCUUCCUCCGGAGCCCUGGACCUAACGUACUACGAUUCAGUAGCAGACCAUAUCCGGGGCAAGUACGGGUAUGCGAACAGGGCCCAGAAGAGGGCCCUUGCUGCAGGAGCAAGCUGGGACGAUAUCCUGCACAAGAGAGCAGCAGCGGAUUUACCUGUAGUAAACCAGCGCGCAGACUCAAGUUACUUUGGCACUGUUCAGAUCGGUACCCCACCGCAGCCAAUGAACGUUAUCCUCGACACUGGAUCUUCCGAUCUCUGGGUAGCCGACUCCUCUUGUCAAACGUGUGACCCGACCACUCCCUUGUUCAGUCUAUCACGGAGCUCUAGCAUUCAAGGAGGCGGCACCAGUGGGCAGAGAGUUACUAUUAGAUAUGGCUCAGGCGAGGUAGCAGGAUCCGUCGCGCAAGACACGGUCGCGAUGGGACCUUUUACCUUCCCCCAGCAAACGUUCCUUGCCGUAGACCAGACGAGUAAUGGGCUCUUAGAUGGGAGUGUUUCAGGGAUUUUGGGACUGGCGUUCAGCGCGAUCAGCAGUACAAGAAGUACCCCUUUCUGGCUGAAUCUCUUGAACAACGGGGGCACAGCUAAUUCACUCACCGCGCCAGAGAUGUCAUUCUGGCUGAGACGUCUGAGAGGUGUACCUGGUGUGCAACUCGAAGAGUCUGGGGGAGUGUUUACGCUCGGAGGGAGGAACUCGUCUUUGUUCCAAGGAGACGUUGAGUUUUUGCCGCUGACGGGUGGAAAUACACGGACUUUCUGGUUGUUGAAUUUGGCUGGUUUAACGGUGAAUGGAAACGUCGUCAAUGUUGCGACGGGAAACGCCGGCGUCAGUGCUAUUGACACUGGUACUACCUUGAUUGGAGGCCCGUCGGCUGAUGUUAGGGCUAUCUGGGACGCGGUACCAGGAUCUCAGCCAGUUGACGGCAUGGACGGAUUCUUCUCGUUCCCGUGCACUCAAACCGUCAGAAUGACUAUCUCUUACGGCGGACAAUUCUGGCCCAUAAAUCCCCGCGACAUGAACCUCGGUCGUCUCGCUCCCGGCUCCUCGCAAUGUCUCGGCGGCGUCUUCGAUCUCGGGCUGGGCAGCAGCAUCGUCAGCGGAGGAGGAAACCCUAAUUGGGUCGUUGGGGAUGUAUUCCUGAAGAAUGUGUAUUCGAUAUUCAGCGCCGGGAAUCCCCCGAGUAUUGGCUUUGCGCAGCUCUCUGACGCUGCGGGCGGGUCGUCUGGUACGCCCGGUACCAAUGCCAACCCCAGUCCGAACACUGGGAAUAACAAUGAUGGGAAUUCCUCGGGCACUGGAAACGGUGCGAUUGGCGGCACACAACUGGUGAUGAGCGCUGUGCUGGCUCCGGUGGUCGUUGCUCUCUGGGCAAUGAUGUGA